AUGCCAGAGGAAGCAGACGAAGUUCCUCCACCUGAGCAGGAGAAACAAUGUCGUAUAUGCUUCGAUGGCGAAGAUGAGUCAUUGGGAAGGCUCAUUCGUCCUUGUCUGUGUAGGGGUUCUAUUAGCUAUGUCCAUGUAGCCUGCCUGAAAAAGUGGAGGAACACGUCCUUUACCAACAACUCUUUCUAUCGUUGUCCACAAUGUCAUUACCGAUAUCACUUUGCUCGGACUAAAGCAAUUGGGUUGGCAACCAAUCCGAUCAUAGUUGGCGUCAUAUCCUCAUUUUUGUUCACCUUACUUGUCAUGUGUUCGUCAUAUGCCACAACAUACUUCAUGAAUUCCUUCGAGGAUUAUUCAUCCUAUGGAUCAUCCUACUACUUUUUCGUUUCCCCUAUUGACGUUGGCCACGAUCUCAUCCGUGCAGCAUUGCGAAUACUUCGAGACCAAGACGCUUUUCCUCUAGAGGAGAAUGGUUCAAGGACAAGACUAACCAGGGCUAAUCCUGCCCCGCUGCCAUCCUCACCAUCGUUCUUGACGCGGUUUUUGCGCAGGUUCAUUAUUGGUCUCCCUAUGAUAGGUGCCGGUUCUGUAGUUCACAUGCUACUUUCGCUACCUCUCCUUGGACCAGUCCAUUGGAUAGCUCGCUUCAGAGGGAAUAGGAGUCGGAGGGGUAAUUCAACAGACAUAGCUGCAAUGAUCAUCGUGACUUUACUAGUUGUUGGGAUUGCGAGGGCAUUAUACGCAGCGUACAAGUUGACACGAAAGCUCAGCGAACGCUUACUUCUAUAUGCGGAAGAUGUCAUUUUGGAAGUCAAUUGA